CAAUCUCAUCCGUAAAAAGCCCUAAUUCUUCACAGUCGCGUUCUAGGGUUUUCCGAGAAAAUGGCGGAUUCUCCUCGUAGAAGGAAUUCACUGUCUCCAUCUCCAUGGAGAGAACAGUCCAGGUCUAGGUCCAGAUCAAGAUCCAGGGACAGGGUCAGGGACAGGUCCAGAUCGAGAUCAUGGUCAAGGCCAAGGCAUAGGUCUCGGUCACAUAGUCGUGGCAGAUCCAGGAGUCGUGACAGGGGCGAAUCUGUAAAUCCUGGAAAUACACUUUAUGUAACUGGUCUAUCCCAAAGGGUCACAGAGAGGGCCCUUGAAGACCACUUCUCAAAGGAGGGGAAGGUUGCCUCAUGCUUUCUUGUUGUGGAGCCUCGUACACGUGUGUCUCGUGGGUUUGCUUUUAUUACAAUGGAAACUCUUGAUGAUGCUGACCGUUGCAUUAAGUAUCUCAACCAGUCAGUUUUAGAGGGCCGAUAUAUAACCGUGGAGAGGAAGAUAUUGUGUCAGCUAUGUUGGCAGCAAUCAAAGAUGAUGAGUUCAUCCAUAUCCAACCUAAGUGAAACAGCUUGCUUGAUCAAUGGCCAGCUAAAACAGCUUUUCAAAUGCAUCAACUAACUUAGCAACUAUUUUGCCCAACAACUAUACAACCUCAGCAUUCACUUUCAACUGUCAACUAAUCAAAGGACAAUACAACAUCUUUAUAAUCAGGCUUUUAUGGACUAUGGUAUUUUACACCUGAAUGUUCAUUUAAUGGGUGCUUCCUCUUUGUGUCUGGAUGUGUUGUUCUUUACCCUUCCUCCUUCCUUUCAUUGGCCAAUUUUUUUUCCAUGUAGUUUUUCUAGUGAAUGUUUUUCUCCCUUUGAAAAAGGACUUACCUUUGUAUUGUUAUUAUUAUUUGGAUAGUUGUGAAGUUUUGGGUUUCCUUUGUUUUUGAUGACUUUAGGAGGGAUCUUCCACAAUUUACAUUUACUCUGUUCAUUCUAGCUGAAUAUUAAUUUGUUUUGCUUGUCUCAGUCAAGAAGGAAGCGGCCCAGAACUCCAACACCAGGGCACUAUCUUGGGCUGAAAAGUACCAGGGAUUAUGGCCGGGGUGACCGUGGUAGGUACCGUGGAGGUCGUGGUGAUGAUUAUGGCUAUCGUAGGUCUCCAAGGCACUCACCCUAUCGAGGGCAUGAUUAUUCUCCAAGAUACUCUCCCCAUGUUGGAAGAUCAAGGAGGGAGCGCUCAUAUUCUCCUUAUUCCCGUGGCUCUCGGUGAUGAUGCUGUUGUCUCCUUGUUCAUGGUAUCCCUCUAGUGGAGGAUUGGAAAAACGAAACCUAGGCUUAAUUAAUGUUUCUUACUGUUAUUUUGGGUUUCAUGGAGACUGACUGUUUUUAUUGGUGGUGAUCCGUAGUUUUAAUCUUAGGCUUUAAUUAAUAUUUCCGACUGUUAUUUUGGGUUUCUUGGAGACGACUGUUGCAUUUGUUGCAAGUCGUGUUCUGAACUAUCUAUUACGGGCAAUCAGCCAAAUGAAGGGUGGAUUUUAUCUUAUGUUCUAUAAUUCUGUUUAGACACAGCAUCUCCUGCUGUUUUCAACUCUUCAUUGCUAUAUAUGUAAUUAUAUAUAUAUACUUCCUGAUGAUUGGUUAUGGAUAUAGGCUUCAUAUUAGGGAAGCAAAUCCUCUUUUAUGCAUUUUUUUUUUUUUUGGAAUAAGGGAAAGUUUUUAAAGAGCAAGGAAUAUUACAAAUAUCUCAAAUAAAGAUUUAAAUUUGUU